AGGGGGCGUGGUAAAAAAAACAGGGAUCAGAGAAUGGUACAGAAGCGGGAUCGUUGUUCCUCGAUAGCCAGUUGUCCCUGCAGCUCCGUCACUUGGUCGUUGAGUCGACGACGCAUCCCCUCGCUCUUCUGCAGUUGCUCUGAUACCUCCUCUAAAUCCUCCUCAAGUUCUCUUUUGUUCUCAUCGAGCUCCUGGUAAGCUCGCUGGUACUGCUCGAGACUACUUUGUAGCUGCUUCACCUGGCCCUUUGUGUCAUUCAACUCUUCUGUUGUGUUAUUCUGCAGAUGAAUCAUCAUAUAAGGUGAGAAAAUGACCGUGUUUCGCUAUCUAGGUACGUUUAUAUACCAGUUCAGUGGUGACAUUGUCUCUCUCGAGCUCAGUGUGUUGGCUCUUCUCACACUCUCUGUUGUACCUCACAGUCAGUUCCUCUAGCUGUUGGUCUCUCUUCUCCAGCUCUGUCUUGGUCACCAUGUCUUUGUGUGUCUUUUUGUGUAAAAUCUCCUCUAGUUGUCUGUCCCAUGUUUCCAGACUGCUUUGCAUCCGCCGAAUUGUCUGGCUUUUGGCCUCAGAGUUAGGGUCGGGAGGUUCAGGAGACGGUGGUCGAUAUCUGGUGGAGAUUCUCCGCGAGAUCCCUGGCCUUCUCUUGUUGUCUGCCUCCGCCGUACUCUGGUGUACAGUCGACCGCGAGAAUGGCUGCAAGGAAUAAUGCACCACCAGGUGGCGGAAAGAUGGAGGGACAGGACAUCAGUGGGGCUGAGGUUCACCACACACUGGAUGGGAAGGCCGUGGCGGCUGAAAUUCGGCGAGAGCUGGCGGGCCAGGUGGCAGCCGAGCGAGCCAAGGACCCCACAUUCUCCCCGGGUCUUGCCAUCCUGCAAGUCGGCGGUCGGGAGGACUCGAACGUCUACAUCAGAAUGAAGACCAAGGCUGCUCAGGAGGUAGGGAUAACUGUGCAGCACAUCAAGCUGCCGGCAGACACCACCGAGUCAUCGCUCCUGGCGACCAUUCAGAGGUUGAACUUUGACCCCAGUGUCCACGGGAUCCUCCUCCAGCUGCCACUGGACACUACUGGUGACGUGGACAGCGACAAAUGCACCAACGCCAUCGCUGUUGAGAAGGAUGUGGAUGGAUUGACGGAGGUGAAUGCCGGGAGACUGGCGAGAGGAGACGUCGAGUCUUGCGUAAUCCCGUGUACACCUCUCGGGUGUCUGGAGCUGAUUAGGAGGUGUGGCCACGACAUCAGAGGGAAGGAGGCCGUCGUUUUGGGUCGCAGCAAGAUUGUGGGGACACCGAUGGCUGAUCUCCUGACCUGGAACAACGCCACAGUCACCGUCUGCCACUCUAAGACAGUGAACCUGGAGUCUGUGACAAGAAGAGCUGACAUACUGGUAGUUGCUAUUAGACAGCCGCAACUGGUCAAAGGUCAAUGGAUAAAACCAGGAGCAAUUGUCAUUGACGUUGGCAUUAAUUCCAUUCCAGACUCGACUAAGAAAUCAGGUCAGCGGCUCGUUGGCGACGUCGACUUCCAAUCAGCGUCAAAGGUGGCAGGCUGGAUCACCCCAGUUCCCGGUGGAGUAGGACCGAUGACUGUGGCCAUGUUGAUGAGAAACACUCUUCUUUGUGCUAGAAAACUUCAUAAAUCUGCAGCUGCUGUAGGGGAACCGUGGAAUGUUCGCUACCUCCCCCUGGCCCCCCGGGAUCCGGUUCCCUCAGAUAUUGAAGUGGCUCGGGGCCAGACACCUAAGAACAUCGCCGAACUGGCCUCUGAGAUUGGCCUUAGACUCACCGAGAUAGAGCCGUACGGCUCGGCAAAGGCAAAAGUCUCUCUAUCUGUACUCGAGCGACUGAAAGACCACCCGAAUGGCAACUAUGUUGUAAUGACAGGGAUCACCCCCACACCUCUUGGAGAAGGCAAGAGCACCACCACCAUAGGUCUGACCCAAGCACUGUGUGCUCAUCUGCAGACAAACACUGUUGCCUGCGUCAGGCAGCCUUCCCAGGGCCCCACCUUCGGAAUCAAAGGUGGAGCUGCAGGAGGUGGUUAUUCUCAGGUGAUUCCGAUGGAGGACUUCAACCUCCACCUGACAGGAGAUAUCCACGCCAUAACAGCUGCCAACAACCUUCUUGCUGCUCAGAUCGAUACCAGAAUGUUCCACGAGAACACGCAACUAGAUAUGGCCCUCUUCAAUCGACUGGUGCCAGUCAAGAAGGGAGUUCGCCAGUUCUCGGCCGUCCAGUUGAGGCGACUGCAGAAACUGGGCAUCAACAAGACUUACCCGUCUGACCUGACGGAACAGGAGAUCUCCAGGUUUUCUCGACUGGACAUUGACCCGGCCACCAUAACGUGGAACAGAGUGCUCGAUACCAAUGAUCGGUACCUGAGGAAGAUCACCAUCGGUCAGUCACCCACUGAGAAGGGACUUAUGAGAGAGACGCAGUUUGAUAUUUCAGUGGCCUCGGAGUUAAUGGCAAUUCUUGCCCUCACUACUAGUCUCAGGGACAUGCGGGAGAGGGUGGGACGCAUCGUGAUUGGUCAG